CGUCCACAGUCAGUCCUGCUGCUGGAUACUGGACACAUGUCGAACUGCUGCUGGGAGAAAUGCUAGCUACGAGUCCGCCUUCAACCUGCCUCCACACGCACACUAACUGAGCUCCCGGCCCAGCCAUGUUCGGCACAGAGUCCUCAUUAAGCAUGUUUCUCAACACCCUCACGCCCAAGUUUUACGUGGCUCUGACGGGCACUUCCUCCCUCAUAUCAGGACUCAUAUUGAUCUUUGAGUGGUGGUAUUUCAGGAAAUAUGGGACGUCUUUCAUUGAGCAGGUGUCUGUAAGUCAUCUGCGCCCCCUGCUGGGUGGAGUGGACAGCAGCUCCCCCACCAACUCCAACACCAGUAAUGGGGAGGCUGAUUCAAAUCGACAAAGUGUGUCCGAAUGUAAAGUAUGGAGAAAUCCUCUGAAUUUAUUUCGCGGAGCCGAGUAUAAUCGAUAUACGUGGGUAACCGGUCGAGAGCCACUGACGUACUACGACAUGAACCUGUCGGCACAAGACCACCAGACCUUCUUCACCUGUGACUCGGACCACCUCCGGCCCGCUGACGCCAUAAUGCAGAAGGCGUGGAGAGAGAGGAACCCACAGGCCCGUAUCUCUGCAGCACAUGAAGCUCUGGAGCUUGAAGAUUGUGCGACAGCAUAUAUCCUCCUGGCGGAGGAGGAGGCCACCACCAUCAUGGAGGCCGAACGUUUGUUUAAACAGGCACUAAAAGCUGGAGAGAGCUGCUACCGCCGCAGCCAGCAGCUCCAGCAUCAUGGUACACAGUAUGAAGCCCAGCACAGAAGAGACACCAAUGUGUUGGUGUAUUCAAAGAGAAGACUGGCCAUGUGCUCUAGAAAGCUCGGCCGAACACGGGAAGCAGUUAAAAUGAUGAGAGAUUUAAUGAAGGAGUUCCCUCUCCUCAGUAUGUUCAACAUCCAUGAGAACCUGCUGGAGUCACUACUAGAGCUCCAGAACUACGCUGACGUCCAGGCCGUUCUGGCCAAGUAUGACGAUAUUAGCUUACCCAAAUCUGCAACAAUAUGCUACACAGCAGCCUUGCUCAAAGCAAGGGCGGUAUCGGACAAGUUCUCUCCAGAGGCAGCGUCCAGACGAGGGCUGAGCACAGCAGAGAUGAAUGCAGUAGAAGCCAUUCACAGAGCGGUGGAGUUCAACCCUCACGUCCCCAAAUAUCUGCUGGAGAUGAAGAGUCUGAUUCUUCCUCCAGAACACAUCUUGAAGCGAGGCGACAGUGAGGCCAUAGCCUACGCCUUCUUCCACUUGCAGCACUGGAAAAGGGUGGAGGGGGCGCUCAACCUACUGCACUGCACCUGGGAGGGCACAUUCAGAAUGAUCCCCUAUCCUCUAGAGAAGGGUCACCUGUUCUAUCCCUACCCCAUCUGCACAGAGACGGCCGACAGAGAGCUGUUACCCACAGUGUUUCACGAGGUGUCAGUCUACCCGAAGAAGGAGCUGCCCUUCUUCAUCCUCUUCACAGCCGGUCUCUGCUCCUUCACCGCCAUGCUAGCUCUGCUCACACACCAGUUCCCCGAGCUCAUGGGAGUGUUUGCUAAAGCUUUCCUCAGCACGCUGUUUGCUCCUCUUAACUUCAUCAUGGAGAAGGUGGAGAGCAUCCUGCCGUCCAGCCUCUGGCACCAACUCACCCGCAUCUGACCUCGAGCCCCCCCGCCCCAACCGGACCAGGACCAGGAAGCCGACCUCCAUCCAGACAGAAACAGCUGAACUGAAACCCAGAAUGCUGCAUUGGACUGGACUGACACACCUCUGUGCCAAGAGUUCAAACCAACCCGUGAACAGACGAGGACGACGGGAGGAGGAGUUAUAAACGACAAGAAAACACAACAACAGAAUCCAGAAUUGGUUUUGACUUUAUUUGAUAUGUUUGCAUUUUUUGGGGUUUUCGAUCAUUUACAGCUGUUCUUUUGUUGUACAAAAAGAGGUGAUAAAUUGCCAUCAUUAAAAAAAGUGAAAAGACAAAAAAUACAAUAAAGGACUUUUUGUGUAUUGCUGCAAGCAGCUUCUUCCACCAAGUCGAUUCACUCAGAGCCUGACAACAGAAGCAGGUGACCGUCAGCUGGAGCAGCUGCAUGUGGAAUCCUUCACAUCUUCUUCCAACCGCUGGAUUAAUGCUGUCAUCCACAAAACAACACCUCACUGACCCGUUGAACCUGCUGCUGCUUCUGUCUACACUGAUGCUGACAGAGCUGCUUUAUGACAGAGUAUUAUGCCCACAUUGAAGAAAACACUGACAUUUUGAGAAUAAGGUCUUAAUAUUACAAAAAAAGGUCAUUUAAACUGAAAAAAAUAUCUCAAGGAGAAGUAUAUUUUUAGUAAAUAUCAGUAACCAACAGAACAGGUAUGAGGUCGCUGUGGUUCUUCUGAAUCGAUGCAAUUUCUUGAACAUCUCAAGUCUGAUUCUUAUGUUGUGGAGCUGAUGAGCCAAAAAUCAUAGAUUUCACUAAUAAAUCAAACUUAAAAAUGUAGAAGAUGGACUGAUAUCUGAUAUUGUCCUAAAAUGAAAUGUAGUCAAAUUCAAACUUGUAACAUGAUUUCUCUCGUAAUAUGACCCAUCAAACUAAUACAAUUUUGUGAUGACUCUUGUAAAAACCUUUUUCGUGUAACAUUAUGACCUUAUUCUCAAAAUCCCGUUGUAUAUCCUUGAAGUGGUCCUGGUGUCGUCAAAAGAAUGUGACGUAUUUGAAAUGAAGUGUGGUUCUUUACCGGAAAACAGAACUUUUCAUGACAAUUUAAAAUGAUUGAGA